CAUUAGUAGCAACGUAUUUAAAAAUGCAUGCAAAACGGUGGCCUUUAAGUUAAAAAUCCAUUCAGGGUUAAAAAAGAUAACCUGGGUAAACUUCUGCUUGCUACUUAAAGUCGUGCGAAAGCAAGAUUGUAGCGACUUGUAGUACUAACUUCAAACAUGACGUCUCCAGACCAGAUGGGUGCAGAAAUUGCAACAAAAGUGUUACCAAAUGUGCUGGAAAACGUGGCACAGUUAUCCUUCUCGUGGUACGACUACAUAUUUUUCUUUGUUAUGUUAGGUGUUAGUGCGUUAAUUGGAGUUUAUUUUGGCUGCUUCGGUACUAAACAAUCUUCAGCGGACGAGUACCUCAUGGGUAAUAAGAACAUGAAGGUUUUCCCUAUUUCUGUGUCGCUAGUCGCUAGUCAUGUGUCUGGAGUCACCCUUCUGGCUCUUCCAGCUGAUGUUUAUAUAUACGGAGCUAGCUUUUGGCUCUUCGUUCCCGCACUUGUAAUUGUUGGAACGUGUACCAUGUAUGUAUACCUUCCAGUGUUUUAUAAAUUACAAAUUACUAGUACUUACGAGUACUUGGAACGAAGAUUCGAUAGUACCAACAGGAUGUUUGCGUCCUUUUUGUUUUCAAUCGGUCUCUUCUUGUAUCUACCAGUAGUUAUUUAUCUUCCGGCUUUGGCACUAUCAGCAACCACAGGAAUCAAUCUUCACUACAUAACCCCACUUGUGUGUGGUGUUUGCAUUUUUUAUACAACUUUAGGAGGAUUGAAAGCGGUAGUUUGGACCGACACUAUACAAUUCACAGUUACCACAGGAGCUGUAUUCACGGUUGUAGUGAUUGGAAUUAGGACAGCAGGAGGUUUUGGAUCCAUUUGGUCAACAGCUCUGGAAGGACAUCGCCUAGAUAUUUUAGAUUUUGAUCUGGAUCCUACAAAACGCGACACUUUCUGGAGCAUUACCGCUGGUGUGUUGUCAUGGUGGCUCUCAAUGGCUGGAAUCCACCAAAGUUGUGUCCAAAAAUUCCUCUCCUUGCCCACUUUUCGCGAAGCAAAACUGUCCUUGCUUUACUUUAUGCUUGGUGUCGCAGUCGUCUGUUCCUUCAGCAUUUUCACAGGUUUGAUAAUGUUCGCAAGAUAUGCAAACUGUGAUCCUUUAUCGAUUGGAGCGGUGAAAAAGCACGACCAACUUCUCCCAUUCUAUAUUAUGGACGUAGCGUCUCAUAUUCCAGGUCUUUCUGGACUUUUCAUCGCUGGGAUUUUUUGUGCCGCUUUGAGCACAUUGUCAGCUAGUUUAAAUUGUCUAGCAGGAACGAUGUUUGAAGACUUUAUUUUAAAAGUGACAGGGCCUAUUAAAAAUGAAAGGACAACGACUUACAUUCUUAAGUUUUUGGUGCUGAUAACUGGAAUAGUUUGUACUUUGUUGGUGUUUGUGGUGGAACAUCUGGGAGGAAUUUUACCACUGGUUGUAAGCUUGGCAAGUGUAACUUCUGCACCUUUGUUAGGGCUGUUCACGCUUGGUGUUUUAUUUCCGAAAGUGUCCAGUAGAGGUGCUUUUUAUGGCUCCAUUGUUGGUCUUCUUUUCUCUUCGUGGAUUGUAGUGAUGGCUCAGUAUUAUAAAGCAAAUGGAAUGAUUCCAGAUGUUCACAAACCGGUGUCGAUUGAAGGAUGUUACGAUGUUAUUAAUUCAACAGAGAAUUUCCCUCCAACUCUCGAAAAUUUUACGACAGUCGACUUUUUAGCUGAUCAAAGCGAAGAGUUUUUUUAUGAUUAUUCCAGCAGUGAGGAAUAUAAAGACGAUGAACCUUUUAUUUUGUUCAGAAUUUCGCACUAUUACUACGGUCUGUUGGGAACAUCUGUAACUAUUAUUUGUGGUUUACUAUUCACUUAUAUGUUAGGGAAUGACGAUCCACCCGUACACCGAGAUCUUCUAAGUCCUGUCAUUUAUUUCUUACUUUCUGACAAGGAAGUGGAAAACUGUCCAACGAAAGAAUACUACAAACUGGACAAAGCUUCGCAUUAUGUUCUUAUGAAGGAAGAACUACAGAAGAUAAAACGUUGAAAUUUUAGUGUAAUUUAUCAAUAGUAUGCAAAAUGUUAUUUCUGGACCAGGCGCAUGUAAAAAAUCAUUGAAAAACGGCUAAAAAUGGCAUGAAAUUAAAAAUGGUUAAAAACGGUUAAAUUCGAGCAAAACUAUAUAUUUUAAAAGCCACCAGAGAGCUUAUAAAAUACCUUGUUUUUAAACACCUCAGAAUGGCUUUUUACUUCUGGA